GAAGUGUCAGUCUGAAAACAGACCCGUCGCCGUUAGGUAGCUGAGUGUUUCAAAAUCUAUUUGUUAAAUCGUCGCAUUUUAAACAGUUUAUACAAACGAAAUAUUCCUAUUUAUCUUUUAGAAAAUGGGAACCAGAGAUGAUGAAUACGAUUAUCUGUUUAAAGUGGUUUUGAUAGGAGACUCGGGUGUUGGCAAGAGCAACCUGCUCUCUCGUUUCACCCGGAAUGAGUUUAACCUGGAAAGUAAGAGCACCAUUGGAGUGGAGUUUGCCACCCGCAGUAUCCAGGUGGAUGGGAAAACGGUGAAGGCUCAGAUCUGGGACACGGCAGGACAGGAGCGCUACCGGGCUAUCACCUCGGCGUACUACAGAGGCGCGGUGGGGGCCCUGCUGGUCUAUGACAUCGCCAAGCACCUGACCUAUGAAAAUGUGGAGCGGUGGUUGAAAGAGCUGCGGGACCACGCAGACACCAACAUCGUCAUCAUGCUGGUUGGCAACAAGAGUGACCUGCGUCACCUCCGAGCCGUGCCCACCGACGAGGCUCGGGCGUUCGCAGAGAAAAACGGUUUGUCUUUCCUUGAGACGUCAGCCCUGGAUUCCACCAACGUUGAAACGGCUUUCCAGACCAUUCUGACAGAAAUCUAUCGAAUCGUCUCUCAGAAGCAGAUGUCAGAGCGUCAGGAGAGCGACAUGUCUCCUAGCAACAAUGUGGUCAACAUCCAGGUGCAGCCCACUGAGAACAAACCAAAGAUGCAGUGCUGUCAGAACAUCUAGCCCCGCCCAUGUUACCACUACACCUCUACCCCCUUAUAUACCCUAUACCCCCACCUCUUCCCCCUUAUAUACCCUGUACCCCCACCUCUACCCCCUUAUAUACCCUGUAGCCCCACCUCUACCCACUCAUAUACCCUGUACCCCCACCUCUACCCCCUAACCCAUCAUAUACCCUGUACCCCACUUCUACCGCUCAUAUGCACUCUACCCCCUAACCCCUCAUAUACCCUGUACCCCCACCUCUACCCCCUAACCCCUCAUAGACCCUGUACCCCCACCAUAUACCCUGUACCCCCACCUAGCCCCUCAUAUACCCUGUACCCCACCUCUACCCCUCUUCCUCCCUCCGUCCCUCCUCCACUCCCUCCUACACUCCCUCCCUCCUACACUCCCUUUUCCACUCCCUCUCCUCCUCUCCCUCCCUCCGUCCCUCCUCCACUCCCUCUCUCCGUCCCUCCUCCACUCCCUCUCUCCUUCUCUCCCUCUCCUCCUCUCCCUCCCUCUGUCCCUCCUCCACUCCCUCCCUCCCUCUCUCCUCCUCUCCCUCAUUCCCUCCUCCACUCCCUCUCCUCUCCCCACUCCCUCCCUCCCUCCUCCACUCCCUCUUCCUCUCUCCCUCCUCCUCUCCCUCCCUACUGAUCAUGAUCUGAGAAGCCUCGUCAGUGUCUGGAGUCGUGUUCCCCAGCGGAGCCUUUUCAGACAGGAAGUCAUUUAUAUUUCUCACUGUAGAUGUAAUACUGUUGAUGCGCUGACAUGUCUUACACAGAAAUGUCUUAAUAUAUAUUCAUCUGAUUUUUUUAUCUUCGUUUUCUUCAAUUUAUGACUUCCAUUUUGUGUUCCUCCAUUUUUUUUACCUAUGUUUAUUUUUAUUUUUUUCAAAUAUUGUAUCAUAUUUCCCACUAACGUGUACGUAUUUAAAGCACACUGAGAAUGCUCUGAUGUGUAUCUGUCUACGACCCCCCCCCUCCCAUCAGUUAGCCUCGCUCCCUCCCUCUCUCUUUAGUAUAAUGUCAUGUUUGACAACGGUAGGUUCUUCCAAACAUGUGGAUGUAUUUAAGCACAGUGUACUAGAUAGAAUGUAUGCUCCCUGGUCCCUGUCGAUAGGUGGAGUUUGACAACUGAUCUGAUUGCUGUAAAUAGCUUAAGACUUGUGGCAUUAGAUCUGUUUGCGGAUGGCUUCAACCAUGCCAAUGGACAGACAGGGCAGGCAUCAAAGUACCUAACACGUAGAGGAACAACAGCUGUGUCAAUGGAACCCUAUGCCCUACCAUAUAUAGUGCACUACUUGUGACCAGGGCCCAUAGGGUUCCAUUUGGGACACAGUAUUCGUCACUUUGUUUACAGUCAGUCUGUGGCAGGUUAGCUUAGCAUGUUAUGAUGAUGACGACGAUGAUGUCACUUCAUGGCACCACUUUGCUGCCUCGCAUGUUUUUAUCUUGCUUUAAAAGAUGACUGAGUUAUCGUAACUCUCUGACUGAGUUAUCGUAACUCUCUGACUGAGUUAUCGUAACUCUCUGACUGAGUUAUCGUAACUCUCUGACUGAGUUAUCGUAACUCUCUGACUGAGUUAUCGUAACUCUCUGACUGAGUUAUCGUAACUCUCUGACUGAGUUAUCGUAACUCUCUGACUGAGUUAUCGUAACUCUCUGACUGAAUUUAUCACCGAGUUAUCAGAACUCUCUGACUGAAUGUGGAACACUACCAUUGCCCAGAACAUGCAGUUGGCUAGACGGUGACCGUGGUGAAACAAUAUAGAAGUUUAUCCAUUAAACAUUUCUGUACUCUCUUGGAUAAAUUGAGCGUACAUAGUUAGACGUCUUUAAAAACAUAGUCGGAGAUGUCUGUAACAGGAAGUGACUAGCAUUAUAGUCAGUCAGGGAGUUCAUUCCAUUUCAAUUCAGAAAAUAAACAUAAUUCCAAUUGCACAUUUUCCUCAUUGAAAAACAUGGGAGAGAAUAGUGUAUUUCUGUUUCACUUUGUGAAUUGACUGGAAUUGAAAGAGCGUUAGUCAGUCGAAUUACACAUCAGGUUCUUAUUUUCAACGUGAUCAAACCACAGAAUAAUGAUGCCCGCUGUAGUGUUCUGGCCGAAACCAACUUUAAAUCAAGUCAAAUCACAUUUUAUUUGUCACACACACAUGUAUAGGAGAUGUUAUUGCGGUUGUAGUGAAAGGCUUGUGCAACAGUGCAAUAAUAUCGAACGAUACCCACCAAUUUAAAAGUGAAAGAAUGGAAUUAAGGAAUAUACAAGUAUUAGGACGAGCAACGUCAGAGUGGCAUAGAUUAAAAUACAGUAGAAUAGAAUACAGUAGAAUAGAAUACAGUAGAAUAGAAUACAGUAUAUACAUAUGAGAUGAGUAAAGCAGAAAAUAUGUAAACAACAUUAAACAUAUGAAAUAUGUAAACAACACAUUCUAGGUAUUUCUCUUCCAGGAAUAACUACUCUUGAAUAUGCAUGUAUAGAUCUAGUGUAAAUGUGAUGCUGUACUAUAUUCUAUGCAGCCGACAGUCAGAUACCAGAGAAUAUUAAUUGACGUAUUUUAUUUGACGAGAUAUCAAACUGUGAAAAGAAUAAAUAAUAAUAUGAAAUGAA